AUGGUUGAUUUUUCAGAAAACGGUUUGAAGGAUCUACCCCCGAAUAUGUUUCGUAGCCAGAGGUCUUCAAUGAAGAAUAUGACACUCAGCAACAAUUUAUUUUCCACAAUACCACGUACCUUACUGCUCACUCCUAUGCUUAAAUUUCUUAAUUUUAGAUCCAACAAACUGGCCUCUUUUUCAGAUGAAUCCAUUUCUGUUAUUGACAAUUUACCCGACAUAAUGAUGGAUGUCAGAAGCAAUCCUUUCGACUGUUCUUGUAGCGCUCUUGCAUCCUUAAAAUGGAUUAAGGACAAUAUUAGAAAAUUUGUUCAUUUGAAUCUGACCUAUUGUAAUGAGGACCAGCAGAAAACUGUUCUUGAGGUUGUAACUAAUGUCCAAGCAUUAGAAUUAAAGUGCAUUUCCCAACUCUGGUUGGAUAUAUCCAUAUCAAUUUUGUCUAUAACAUUUUUGAUUAUGCUAGUGGUAACGAUAUUGUAUCGAUAUAGAAUGGUCCUUCGUUAUGGAAUUCUGAGAAUAAGGCUAUUCUGGAGACGUGGCUUUGCCCUUAAUUUUACCCGAGAAUCGGCUACUUUUGAUGCAUACAUAUCAUAUUCUCCUGUUGACUCCAUAUUUGUAACUUUGCAUCUCUAUCCUAAAUUGCAGAAAGAAAACCUUCGCAUUUCCUUCCAGGAUAAAGAUUUUGAACCCGGAAGUACCUUUGCAGAAGAGGUUGUUAAGUUUAUAAACAUAAGUAAAUGUGUUGUUUUUGUAGUUACAGAUACAUUUUUGAAAUAUGACUGGGGAACAUAUGAAAUCCAGGUCGCAAAGAUUCACGCAAUUCAUAAAAAUGCACGAAUUUUAUUAAUUAUAAAGGAUGACAUCGGAGUUGAAGAUCUUCCUCGAGAUCUCCUGUACAUUUGGUGGAAGAUUAAACCAAUCAGAUGGUCCGAUAGUAACAACGCAUCAAAGAAGGAACAGUUCUGGAAAAAAUUGAUUAAAGCUAUUAGGGAAUCUUAA